AGAAAAACAAAUGCGCUAGGUUUCCACUUUCCACCAAGAUACCACUAAUUAGCUACCGGUUGAACAUUUUCCUAUAAUUUUAAACACAAUGCCAUGAAUUUUGAUGACUGUUUUUCAGUUUCAACGUGGGAUGGCCACUGGGGGAACAACAGAGUCACGUAUACAGAGAAAAAGAAAACUCUAAUUAAGUAAUAACAUCCUUCUGGCUCGGUGGCUCGUCAAUUCGUCAUGCAAUCCUAAAUCGUCAUGCAACUUUAAGUCUGCUUCAAAAUGCGGGAUUUUCCCACCUAAUAUUUUUUCAUGCUCGUAGCCGUCGUUGGCAUCAGGAAUGUAACCUAGCACAAAAAAGAAAUCGUACAAGGAACUGUUAUGUUUUAUAAACAUAGCAUUUCAAGGUCUUCCUUCGACUCCAUAACCAUUUUGGCUGACGACUACAGUUCAAAGUUAUCUUUUUCUAGACUUGAGACAGACGUGUUUCGAACAACUACGCAGCUUACAUUUUACCAUGGAACCAGAAGAGUGGUCAUCUUGGGACAAGCAAAGACUAGAAGACGAAUAUUCGCCUAGCAAAUGGUCUCGUAGAGGACCAGCUGAUUGGGUUCUGGAUCACCAUGUUAAACUAGUCACUCGAGUUAGUACUCAUGUGAAACACGAAGUUUCUUGUCAAUUGGACAUUCCCUACGGAGUACGAGAAGGAGAGAAAUUUGACAUUUUCGGGGUCGAAGAGUUACCUAAAGAUGCACCAGUAUUUGUCUACAUUCAUGGAGGCUAUUGGCAGGCGUUGGAUCGCAGCAUUUCCGCCUACAGUGUUGCUCCACAGCACAAAGCUGGACAUGUUGUUGCAAUUAUUGGAUAUGAAUUGGCUCCAAAAGUUAAUUUGAAGGAAAUUACAUUAGAAAUCCAGCUGGCUGUAUCAGCUAUUCUGAAAUGGGCUGCAGAACGUGGUUCAAGGUCUGUGGUGAUUGCUGGACACUCAGCUGGUUCCCACCUGGCAGCAAUGUUACUUCAUGACAGUGAAUGGCAAAAUAAAGAGCCCCAUUUGAACUUGCUGCAUGGUAUGAUUCAUAUUAGCGGAGUAUUUGAUGUGGUUCCCCUAAUUGAGACAACCAUGAAUUUACCUCUAAACCUAGACAGUGAAACAGCGAAGGGCCUAAGUCCUCUGCGAUGUUUUAACCAAUCGAUGGACAAAGUUCGUAACGUAAAACAGUUAUUGGUGGUAGGAAAUGACCCUCCCGAGUUCAAACGUCAAACCUUAACAUACGCACAGGCUCAGAUGCGUGCUGGAUUCACGGAUGUUCACUGUAAAGUGAUGGACACGUUAGACCAUUUUGACAUCGUCGAAAAAUUGCAAGAAGAGGAAUAUGUGCUUACGCGUUUGAUAAUUCAGCUGUUGUCCUGCGCGCAACUAUGACACAUGUAUUUUGGCACGUUGACUUCUGCACACUAUAAAAGAAAACAUUUAGCUUUUA